CACUGGACUGGUUCCUUUAGUAGGUCAGGCUAGAUGGCUCACGGAACAUUGACAAGUUGAAACCAAACAUCUUUAGCCGAUGAGCUGUUUUGAUUAUCUCUUUUAGUUUCUGUGUUUUGAUCGUUCAUACACCUCCAUAUCCUGUAGAAUGGAGAUCGGUGCUUUAUCAUGAAAUUCCGCGCGCAGUAUGACAGAAGAGCAUAUAGCGAGUCCAGAAGAGCGUUUAAACUGAGGGAUUCACCUGAUCCGAUGCAAACCGAUCCGAGCACGCAGGGAGGGAACGGGCUGUCACUUACCCUGCAGCCGGAGCUGCUCGCCCGAAUGCCCGGCACUGGAAGUGCCAGCAGGCCGGAAACAGACGAGGACGUCCGGGUUCCUAUCGGCAGCGGACGCGGCGCGACGUCGCGGAGGCUGAGAGCAGCGAGUCACAGCCACAGCCACAGCCACGGACACACUCACAGCCACGAGCCCGAGUCAGACAGCAGCGAGUCUGACCUGGAAUCCGGAGAAUCCAGCAGCUCGUUAUCGGAGCUGCGCUACCUCCUGCGCUGGCUCAAGAAGAGUCUUCCCUUCAUAGUUAUUCUCUGUGCGAAACUAGUCAUCCAGCACGCCCUGGGUCUGGCCGUUGCAAUUGGUUUGUUUACCACCUUUAUGUACGUCAACAAAAGCAUUCAAACGCAAGUCUUUCUCCACGACCGAAGGACAAAGUUGCAUUGUGCCUGGCUCUUGCUUUUCCUCACAUCCUCCAGUCUUCUUGUGUUCUACACUUUUCACACCCAGUCACUUUAUCGCUGCCUAAUUUUUGCCAACACUACAAUAGAUUCUCAGAACUUCUGGGAGGUUUUAUGGAGUGUCGGUGUGACUAACUUCAUUUUGAAGUUUUUCUUCAUGGGGCUAAAGUGUCUUGUUCUCCUCAUCCCCUCCCCGCUCAUGAAAUACCGGCCAAGGGGUCAGUGGUACAUGCUCAUAGAGGAGGUGGGUCAGUUGUAUCAAGUGAUCGCUCCUGUCCCGCUUUGGUUCCGCUAUCUGGUCAGUUAUGAUGAGAUGGACACCUCAGUGGGUCUGACUCUGGGAAUCCUGUUAGCCUUGCUCUACCUCAUAAUGAAGCUUUUGGCCUUGUAUGGACUGUCAGGAUCAUUGCGAAAACAAUUACAGACUUUUUUCAGUUCUGAGGUGAACGGAGCUCCAGCCAGUCCUGCUCAGGUUAGAGAGGCAGGGGACAUUUGUCCGAUCUGUCAGGCUGAUUUUAAGCAGCCUCGGAUCCUCGUGUGUCAGCAUAUCUUCUGUGAGGAGUGCAUCGCCCAGUGGCUUAACCAGGAGAGAACCUGUCCUCUCUGCCGCACUGUCAUCACAGACAAGGUGCAGAAGUGGAAAGAUGGUGCAACAUCAGCUUAUUUACAAAUAUACUGAAAUCUCACUGAAAGGACGGGAACACGGUGUUGUGGGUUGUUGAAACAUUCAACCAGCAGUGGAUCCACAGAAUGUGGAUCAUUCCUCUCACCCAUCGCACUUGUUAUAAGGCAAAGGGCUCUA